GUCUUUGUUCACAUUCACUGCGUAUUUGUUUACAUCAAAGGCGUCUUUGUUUACAUUCGAUGCGCAUUUGCUUGCACUCAAUGCAUAUUUUUUUUACAUACGAUGGGUCUCUGUGCUUCUGUGAUUGGCCAGGCAAUUGCAAGAUGAUCGGUGGGUACCAGUUCCCCUCGCUGACCACCAUUUUGUGUGGUUUGUUUGCGGCUUACAUCAUACAGUCUGCAUGGACUCUAGGCCAGCUCUUCAUUACACCACACUGCCCGGACCCAUCAAAAUGCAUACCACCACUCAUUGCCAAGAACCCUAAGCUACAGUUACUGGCAUUUACCUCGCAUAAAUCAAUGCCUGAGUAUGCUAGCGACCUUCACUUAAUCCAUCAUAUCCAUCGGUUUGAUUACACAACAGAGCAAGAGACCACAGUGAUAGUACCCAUUUCCAGACGGGUUCGCAACAAUGGCACAAUGUAUCUUCACAUUUUCCUGACAUCACGUGGAAUUGAUCCAGAUGACUGGGGAAGUGUGGUGAACGAUGAACAUUCUGUGUAUGGAUUAGCUCAUUUAACACAAUAUCACAUUCCUGAUGCCUCAGCAUUCAACUUACUGGGCAAGGAUAAAGAUAAGGUUGGUAAAUGUUUUGCUAGGCAACAUAUUUCAUAA